AUGAGUACAGUAUGAAUUUAAAAAAGCUUUUCUUUUUUGGAAAUAGAAUUGUAGCAUGUAUGUGUAUGUGUAGUUUACUACAUAUGCAUUGACAAGCAUUUACGUUGAUUGGAUUGUCCCGUCGCCGGCACAACUACGUUAAUCAUUAAAACAUUAUCUAUACAAAAAUAUAAUUCCGUAUUGAGAACGUUGUAAACUGUAAUAUCGAUAUGCAGAUAAAACAAAAAAUUUAAUGUUGAUUAGAAUUAUCUUAUAUAAUAGUAGAUAACAAUCGUGUAUUUAAUGAACGCCGUUUUAAAAUAAUUCGUUUAUACUUUUGUUUGUGCUUUGGACUUGUACGCGAUCUACAUCACGUGUAACCGAGAAAUACACGAAUAUACCCGAAGAAAAGCGAAACAAGACGAACGUUUCUCAGUGGUUCCGCUAUCACAAAAUGUUUUUGCAAUUCAAUAUGAUGCGAAUACAUGUUCCGUUUUGAUCGUUACUUCUUAUUGUAUAACGGUAUUAAAUAUUCAUCAAUUUUUUUUUGGUGACACAGUUUUUUGCUAUGUCAAAACAUAGAUAAAAAAAAUUAACUCCGAAAUUAACACCAAAUUGAUAAAAUAAUGUACACUGACGCGGAAUCUCCAAGCAAUGUAUCAGAUUCUCCUCCAUCGGUAAGCCCUCUGUCCUCUUGCAUUGUAUUGCAACGAGAAAAAAUAAUAUAUCAGCCCCCUAGUGCUCCUACAUCGCCACUGUCUUCCUUAUCGUCGCCUGUAACUCAUCUAAAUCUUUCAUCGCCCGAAGACUGUACACAAGAUCCUAACUGGCAAGCAACAAAGACUACAGUUCGAGAACGUAAUGCUGCUAUGUUCAAUAACCAUCUCAUGGCAGAUAUUAUUUUUAUUGUUGGUAGUCCAGGUCAUACACAAACAAUACCAGCGCACAAGUAUGUCUUAGCUACUGGAAGUUCCGUAUUUUAUGCCAUGUUUUACGGUGGACUAGCAGAAAAUAAACAAGAUAUAGAAGUGCCAGAUGUAGAGCCAGCAGCUUUCCUUGCUCUGUUAAGAUAUAUGUAUUGCGACGAAGUACAAUUAGAAGCUGACACAGUUUUAGCAACACUUUACGUUGCUAAAAAGUAUAUAGUUCCACACUUAGCACGUGCGUGCGUCAAUUAUUUGGAAACAAGUUUGACCGCAAAGAAUGCUUGUUUACUUUUAAGCCAAUCUCGACUAUUUGAAGAACCAGACCUCAUGCAACGAUGCUGGGAAGUUAUAGAUGCUCAAGCAGAAAUGGCACUAAGAUCCGACGGUUUCGUAGACAUUGACAUUCAUACGCUUGAAUCUGUCUUAUCUCGAGAAACAUUAAAUUGUAAAGAGAUUCAUGUCUGGGAUGCUGCAUUAAGAUGGGCUUCUGCUGAAUGUUUAAGACAAGAUCUCGAGCCCACAUCCGCGAAUCAACGACAAUUAUUAGGAUCUGCCUUGUAUCUAAUUCGACUUCCAGCUAUGAAUUUAGAGGAAUUUGCUAAUAGUGCUGCACAAACUGGCAUAUUAACGCAACAAGAAACAAUAGACGUUUUUCUACAUUUUACUGCAAGUAACAGACCGAUGCUGUGCUUUCCCACAAAAGCACGACAAGGAUUAAAAACUCAGGUUUGUCAUAGAUUCCAAUCGUGCGCUUAUAGAUCCAAUCAGUGGCGCUACAGAGGAAGAUGUGAUUCGAUCCAGUUCAGUGUUGACAAAAGAAUUUUUGUGGUUGGUUUUGGAUUAUAUGGAAGCUCUACUGGUGCUGCGGACUAUAAUGUUAGAAUAGAACUUAAAAGACUGGGCUGUGUCUUGUCAGAAAAUAGUACAAAAUUUUUUUCUGAUGGAUCAAGCAGUACAUUUCACGUGUAUUUUGAAAAUCCUAUACAAAUAGAACCAGAGUGCUUUUAUACGGCAAGUGCAAUACUUGAUGGCGUAGAAUUAAGUUAUUUUGGUCAAGAAGGUAUGACCGAGGCUACAGUUGGUAGCGUAAACUUUCAAUUUCAAUGCAGUUCUGAAAGUACUAAUGGUACAGGUGUUCAAGGUGGACAGAUACCUGAAUUAAUUUUUUAUGGCCCACCAUCAGAUGAUUGAUGUAAAUUUACGAUGUAAUUAACACUUCGAUCGAAGUGUUUUUUUUUUGUUGUUGUUGUUUUUUCGAAAACAAACAAAUAUUUUGCGGCUAUUUGGUGGCUAUUGUUUUAAAAAAGAAAUGAAAGAAAUAACUUGCACAUUUUGUCGACCUGUUAAACGAGAUAAGUUCAGUUUGGUAGAGUAAAGCUCUCUAUUGUGUGGGAAUUCGCACAUGAUAUGUAUGUAUGUAUAUUCUAUUAUGAAAAUAGUUUAGUACACAGAUCUUGUAUUAAAGUAUGCCCACCCGGUAGAAUAUUUUACUCUACUCUAGAAGAAUAUUUUGCAGUAAAGAAACUAUUGCAAAUCCUAUGAUUAUCGCCACUCUGGAGAGUUUAAUAAAUAAGCAAAUAUGACAGAUGCACUUUAAUCU